CCGCUGCAGUGCGCUUCCCCCGCCGUGUCCCGCUACCGCUACAGCGCCUCGUUCAGCGGCCAGCCCAGUUCGCCUUGCUGCCUACCCUCUCACAAACCGCCUCUGGGCAAAAAGACGUGCUUAUUCCUGUGGCCUUCUCCCCCGCCUCUCUGCUUUUUCUCCCUCUUCCCUUUUCCAUCAUCACCACCACAACGCAACCCCCCGUCAGACAUCACCACUUCUUGGUGUUUUUGCAUCGUCAGAUCAGGGCAUCCUUUUCUAACAUUUGCUCUUCCUCAUUGUCUAGUCUACUUUGUCCAGUGACAUUGCAAUUCCGGUGCUUCCUGCUGCUCCCCGACAUCUCCGCCCGCCGAUUCUCGCAGCGAGUGAGCUUUGCCAUCUUAAAACCCCCCACGCUCAACCGCCCGCUUUCCUUGCGCGCGCGCCAUCAACCCGACCAACGCUCAUCGUUUGAGAGCCUCGCCUGUGCUUUGCCUCCACGCUCGUCUGUAGCGCGCGCAACUGCUUCGCCCUCGUCGGGCACAUUCAUCUCCUCUCAAUCAACACGUUAUUUUUUUCAGGCUCAACCAAGAGCAUCUACGUACGCCAUGGCUCAGCACGGCUUUGCGCACUUUAGUGCCGGAAACACCGGCAACAUCGACCCCAACGACCUCUACUCUUCCUCCUUUGCCGCCGGCAACAACUUCUCCGCCAACACAAACUCCAACAACGGUUUCUCUUCGGGCGGCGCUGUCCUCGGUGACGAUGAACUGCUCGACUCCCUUGCCAACCCCGCCGACCAGGUCCAGGACGACUUCUCGGGCAUGAACAUUGGCUUCAACCAGAAUGCCUUCCAUGCUCACCGUGGCAGCAAUGCCGGCCUGCCUAUUGAUGCGCAGCACAUGAGUGGCUAUUCUCACACCCCCGACGGCGACCCUAUCCAGAGCCCCUUCAACAAUGCCUACGGCGCCCAGUUCCGCCAGAUGGGCGGCUCACUCCACUCUCCCAUGUCCUUCAACACCGAGCUCGCUGGCGACAGCAACGACCCCAACUUUGCCAAGGCUCGCGCUGCUCGCAUGGGCCAGCCCAUGCAGCGCAAGAUCUCCAGCCAGCGCGGAACACCAAUGACACCCAAGACGGGCAGCAUGCAAGGCAUGCCCAUUGGUUCUCACGAGUCUCCCGCCUUUGGCCCUCAGUCUAUGCGCGCCUCCAACAGCCACGAUAAGUCCCCGCCUACCCACUGGCUCAACACUCCCAACGGCAGCAUCCCUGCUUCCUACAACUCGGGCUUCUCCUCGCCCAUGCAGCAAGCUGGUAUGGGCCAGAUCAACGAGGUCAUGAUGAAGGGUGGCACGUCGAUGCCUGCUAAGCUCGGUGUCCCCAACACUGCCGUAUCAUCCCAGGAGAUGAAGCGCAAGCGCCGCAGAGAGUCCCACAACCUGGUCGAGCGCCGCCGCCGUGACAACAUCAAUGAGCGCAUUCAAGAUCUUAGCAAGCUUGUGCCCGCUCAUCGUCUGGAGGACGAGAAGCUCCGCAAGCUUAUCCAGAACGGUACUCCUCUCUCCCCUACUCUUACCGGCAUCUCCAGCCCCUCGCAGGCUACUUCUGGCCUGGCUGGCCCUGGAGCCCGCCGCGCUGCUGGUGCCAGUGCUGGUAACAUCACCACCGGCCUGCCCAUUGAGGACAAGGACAAAGGGCCCAACAAGGGCGAUAUCCUCAACGGCUCAGUGAGCUGGACCCGUGACCUCAUGUGGUUGCUGCACCUCAAGAUCCAGCAGCAAGAGGAGCUCAUGAACACCAUUGCCGAGCUCGGCGGCCAAUUCCCCUUUGAGUUGACCGACGACGAGCGCCGCAUGCAGUCGGAGCUCAUGGACACCAUCUCCAAGAACGAGAUGGGCGCCUUUUCCUACACACGCACAGCUGGCUCUGGCCUUCGCGUUCCCCACCACACCGACUACCGUGGCGAGCCCAUCAACAGCGGCAUCGGUGGCGGCCUUGACGGCGUUGGCAUCACCCCCGAGCCUGGCGUGGGCGGCGGCGACGAGACUGCCCAGUUUUGGCAUGACCCCGAUGACGAUGUCAACGCCGUCUCACUCAACUUCAAGCCCGAAGAUGAGUACGACUUGGAGAUGACGCAAUAAGUCGCUUCCCCUUCUCCCACUACAAAGCAAGGUAUGCACAUGCUCCCCAAGCUGUCAAGGAGAGCUGGUUCUCUGAUGAUACAGCCUUGUAGGCUAUGCAUGUGCCGCCUUUGUUUGACAUUCUCUUGGGAGAUGGUGCCGGUGCCGCGUUGAAAGCUGGCUCCAACGUGUUGCCCUUCGUCCUUCCCCAAGUAUGUGUGUGUUCGCGCCUGUGUCCCUAGCGAAACCUAAUCGAUUCUCAUCUGCAUCCGGUCGGCGUCCAGGGGCGUUGGAGAGUGGUCCUCUUCCUCUUUUUUAUCCUUGUCCCCGUCUUUUUCACUUGCUUCCUUGGUCCUUUUUUAGCUUGCUUGCUUGCUUGCUUGCUUGCUUCGUUUCUACGAUAUAUAUACAAACUUUGCUCGCCAAACGUGGGCGGAAUGCACUCCUUUGAUUAUACACAUACAACUGGUUCUUCGACUUGGCUUUUUUGGCUUCUCUUUUUUGCAACGCAGGGAGGUUUCCUUGUUCUUUUUUAUUUGCCUUUUUUUUUCAUAUGAUACCUCGAGAGCAGUUUAGCACUUUGUACGGCCCGUCGUGGUCACCGCUGCUGUAUUCUCAUUGCCUGCCUCGCUUUUGGUCUUUUCUUGUUUUUGCCUUUGCUUCUAUGCACAUGGUACACGGACUUGCUGGCGUUUUGCGACUUUUGACUUGAUGAGAUGCUGUUUAUUUCCUAAUUCAAUACCAAUCUCACUGCUAUUAUACACCAUAUUAUCUCUCUACUACUGUGCAUGUGUGACUAAAAUAACAACCAACGCCCGACCUGCUAACAACCAUGACCCUUUGAAAACGCCUAUAAACACACUAAUAUGGUGAACUAAUUACCGCCAACUACCAAUGACGCACUACGGCGACAUACUCAGCCAUUCCACUUAGAAGACCCCACGCUUCUUUACGCUUCAUCUCCUCCAUCAGCGCAAUCCUCUCCAACGCCGUAUGCCCAUCAAAGUAUCGACAGAGACGGGGCCACGCUCGCCCAAUGCGUUCGUCGCGAUCUGACAGGCGCCUACCAAUGGCAGACAGAUAUCGCGAUUCUUUGCCCGUUGCCUUUUUCGCAUCGAGAAUGACAUGUGGGGUUAGAUGGGCCAAGUGAGACGCCGUGUUGGUUGAGGGGUGCGGCGUCGUGAUGGGUACUGUUUUGCGUGCGUGUGCGGCGGCCUUGUCUGCAAUAGCACGCUCAUGGCGGGCUGCAAGACGCUCCAGACGUGCAGCUUCGGCGGCCUGUUCAAUAGCAGACGGCUGAUGCUGCGACUCUGGAGAAAGCACGGGCGAGACUACCGUCGUCUCAUUCGGGGAGGUGUUGGCAGAUGGUGGAGGUGUUGUGGGAGCAUUGGCCGGCUUGUCGGUGUCUUCGUCGUUGGGGCCAAAGUAGAACGUCUUGGUCUGUGUGCCUGCGGAGGCAGGAGACGUGGACGGUGUCGGGCCGAGCUCUUCUGCUUCCAUUUCGUACUCGACUUCGUACAAGAUUUCGGGCCAGACCACUACAUACCCGAACGUGCAGAGCUGCGUGACCCAUCCGCCGCGAAGCAGCCAGGCCAGCAUGCGCAGGUACAGUGGACGGUGGACCUUGCUAGGGCAGAAUGUCUUGUACGGGCGCGGGCAGGCUGAGAGCUCCGCGAGAAAGUUGGGUAGCGGCGGUGCUACGGGGAACUCGCGCUGCCAGUCAACAGUAUCAUCUGCGAGGCGCGAGAGGUCGCAGUUGGGGGACACAAUGUAUGUGUCGCGCGCGUGGAGCGGCGGGAUAGCAAUGGCUCUGCGCCAAAAGAUGAAGUGCUGAGCGUACUUGCGCACUUGGGAUAGUGUCAGGAUGUUGCCCUGUGCGACUUGGUAGAAGCUCAUGGUUGGUUUGGACAGCCGCACAAACUCAAUCAUGGGCAUCGUGGCCGGGUCCUGGUCGGCUUGGAGCUCGGCAAUAAUCUUCUUUUCGUCGUCCAUGAGCAGAAGCGCAAAGUUCUUGUCGAGAAAGCCUGGUUCCUCCAGGGCAUCUUGGCUAAUAAAGGCAUUGGCUGUUGUGAGCCACAGGCCGCAUUCACGAUUGUUGUCUUCAGCGGGGAUAUCAGCAACAUAGAAUGGUGCGGGUAUUUGUACCGAUGGGUUCAGAGCGCCGGCGGCUGUUUCGAGAUGGAGAGUGGCAAUCUUGUUCUGGGAGACUGCUUUAUAAAUGUCGUGGACAGAGGCUGCAAGCGAUGAUGUCGAGAUGAGGUCUUUCCAAAGAUCUUGCAUUUUGCGGCCUAUAGUCAUUGUUAGUUUUAAAGGUUCUUUCAAAAGCACAUAAAAGUCAACGUACGAUCUUCUCUAGCCUGGUCCUUUGCGGCAAGGAUGCGCUUAGAUUCCUUCCACACAAAGUCGCUAUGCUGCUGACUGUACUGGUAGGCCUUGUUGACCUUUUUGACAAUGUUGGAGUAGAGCGCGUCGACUAGCUCGCGCGUCUCGUCCUUUUUGGGAUUGAGGAUAAAGACCAAGUUGAACAUGGUCAUGGAACUGCGUUUUUCCUCGUCGUCAUCCUUCUUGUCCUUGUCCUUGUCCGGGGUGCCAUUAUUGGCAUUCUCCGCAUCUGCAGGCGACAAGAGGUCUUCGCUGACGACGGUGUUGGCUGCCGACUUGGCCUUGUUGGAUUUCUUUGUCUUCUUCCACUUGCCAUCGACAGGCACAUGGAUGGGAUACGAGACGCAGUGUAGAGGGUCGAGGGCGAGCUGGAAAAGGCGCUUAUGGUAGGACCGUGCGGGGGUCAAGAUGCUAGCAAGAUCGCGCGUAGGGAAUCCCGCCACCUUUUCCCAGGCGGCCUUUUGUGUACCCGACUCACUGCGGUUGUGAUGGUGGUCGUCGGCAUGGCGCUGCGUGGAGGAGAUUUGCGAGCCGGAGAGGUCGCUGUGGGAGCCGGCAAGAGCCAGCUUCUCGAGCAAGAGGUCUUCAAAUUCGUGAGACUGAGCUGCCUCUGCCUCGGAAGAGGUCUGCCGAACGGGAUGGACCUCUGGUGGGUAGUGGAAGACGAAGGCUGGGCCAUCGCGGGAUCGGUUGAUGACGAGGGCGACGGCGAGAAAGGUGUCUGUGUUUACAAACGACAUGGCGGGCGGUUACAUGGUGGUAGGCGAGCUGGAGAGAAGGUGAUGCCAGCUUAUGGGGAGGGCGGUCGCCACGUGCGACGUGGUGGGAGAACCGUGGUGAUGAUGAUGCUGGUGAUGUCGCUGAAGCUGUGGGAGGUUGCGGAAGCUCGAUGCGGGCGGAGAGCUCCA